UGACUUUGAGCCGUUUUUAGUGCCUUAUUGCUUUGUGUCGAGAUAUGUGAUGCACGAAUCUCUGUUAUAUAUAGAAAUCUAGACAAGAACAUAUAGCUGUAAGGGGAGGUCCGUGGUUGCUGGUGAUUUUAGGUCAUUGUUUCUUUAAACACGUGAAACAGCUUGCACUUGAGCCCAGUGUUAACCAGAAGAAAGCCUCUGAGCGGACAGUUUCUUCACCAGUUUCUUGGUAAAUGAGGUGACUCAGGUCCCUAUAGGAAAGCCAAGCAUCACUCCUGGCUGUAAUUGUGUGGAGUUGAUCUCGGCUCACACCGAGGCUGACAGCGGACACAGGUGCAAUGAAGACCUGAGCCCAAGCCUCCGAUGAUGUUUCGCCUCCGAUCUGUGAACUCCUGCCUCCGUAGGCUCCUUCACGUAGGGGUGUUUCAGAAGGAGAGACCUGAGAUGCUCCGGACUGUGGACCUCAUCAAGAGUCACCCACAGUUCCUUACUCUCCGGGUUUUGGCAGAAAACAAAAUAGCUCUCAUGGAUGACUUCAUGCUGGUCGAUAUGCUCUACGCUUUCCUCAGGCUGAAUGUGGAGCCACAUGACUCUCUUGUUCAGCAGCUGGUUUCUGAAGCCUGGCUAAGAAUAGAGAGAUUUCCAAUGGCCCCUCUGUCCAAAUUUGCUGUUUGCUUAAAUGAUCAGCACCUUCAACACAGCACUCUAAUGGGCCGCAUCACCAGCAUUGUGGAUCAGAGGCUGUCGACCAUUGAUGAUCCCAGGAUCCUGACUGCUCUGAUGAUCAGCGUGUCAUCCCUGGUGUCUCCCCGGCUGCGGGAUGCUCUCAUCAGCAAAGCCGAUCACUUGCUGUACACCACGGAUCCCUCGAAUUAUAACAUCCCGCGACGAAUGGUGCAGUUUCUGCGCAACAAUAAGUACAUUCACAGGCCGCUGCUGGAGAGGUGCAAUGAGAUCUUCCUGCGUAACAUCACCAGACUGGAUGCAGAGAAUCUCAGCAUCAUCCUGGGGCUGUAUCAGUCGCUGCAGUUCAACAACUGUGACUUCAGACUAGCUGCUAAACAAAAGCUGACCGAACUGAUCGAUUCAAGCACCGAUCCUUUCUCCUUCACCAAAUUGUUUGUUGCUCUGGCUCCUAUGGCCACUCCAGAGAUCAGAGAAAGGUUGGAGAACACUGCCCUCUUGUUGGCAGAUGAACUCAAUGCACAGCAGGCUCUGGCUGUAGCUGAAGCACUAGAAGAAAUUCAGAGCAGGAGCCUUAGCUUAAUGAACAAAAUUGCAUCGGUAAUCCAGAAAAACCUUCAUGUCUACAAGUCGGUGGAAGUGGCCAGAAUUACACAAGCCCUUUUUCUGUUGCAGUAUCAAAACCCUGAGCUCUUCACCACACUGAGAAACAUUUUGGUCAAGUUUUCGCAGCACAGCGUCUUCCCAUAUGAAGUGACCAUGUUGACCCGUGUGCUCUCCAUGCUGCCCUGCCCACGGCUCGAGGAGGCCGUGGUCUCACGGGUCGAUGCUGUGGUGGAGCAGUGCAAUCUCAGUGAGCUUAACACUAUUUCUUUUGCCGUGGCCAAGUGGGUGCGUAACGAUCAGUCCUACCGCCACAACACGCACAGUAAGUACGUGCGUCUGCUGCAGACGCUGAACCGCUGUGGCCACGAGAGGCUGCAGACAGCUGACCGGCUGGAUUUAUUGCUGGAAGAGCUCAAGUACGUCUCAGGGGAGUGGUUCGAGGAAAUGCUGCUGGACGAGACCAUGACCACACUGCAGAGAAUGAUCAACCAAAUAAACUGGACCAAUGUCCCCGAGCUGGCCUUCUUCCUAACCAGGAUAAAUCACCUCUGCCCUCCUCUGAUGGACAGAAUCGCCAAUGUGGCCAUUGAAGACAUUGACAAGAUUCACUUCUCAGCAACAUAUGCCACACUCCUCCCCUUUUCUGUCCUCAACUAUGAUCCUCCACAAGUAGAUGAGUUGUAUGAUGUUUGUAUUAAGCGCUUCACUCCUCAUAUUGGCUCCUUUGACCCACAUCUGCUCGUCCUCCUGGGGUACUCCUUGGCUGUAGCCGACCAUUUUCCUGAAGAACUAAUCAGAGAAAUCUUCAGCAUAGACUUUCUGGGAAAGCUGGAUUCACAACUGGAAACCUUGCCUGACGCCCUCAACAUGCGGACACGACUGCGGCUCAUGGAGCUCAAUCGUGCUGUGUGUCUCGAGUGUCCUGAGUUCCAGGUGCCUUGGUUUCAUGAGCGAUACUGCCAGCAGUUGCAUAGGAAAGGGAGUGCCUCUGUCAGUCCUGUGCAGCAGCAAAUCCACAAAUUGCUGGGUGAAGUUCUUGGUGGCAUCAGUUGUGUCCAAAUGGCAGUUGUUACGCCAUAUUUUUACACCAUAGACUUUGAAUGCAAACUGGACAAACACUUGCAGCCAUUGUCUUACAUCGAACCAAGUAUACUGCAGGUCUCAGACAAAGGAAAGAUUCAGUGGGACACGAGCUCACUGGAAAACAUCAGGGAUGAGCUGCCACCCGGAGCUCAGCGUGUUGCUGUGGAAUUACUUGAUUCAAAGUACUUCUGCAAAAACUCUCAUCACCUGAAAGGCGAAGCCCUGAUGAGAAAGAGACACCUUGAAAUUCUGGGAUAUCGAGUUGUGCAGAUCCCUCACUUUGAAUGGAACUCUAUGGAGCUGUCAACACAUGAUGCCUGGAAGGAAUAUCUUAAAAAUAAACUAUUCAGAUAGCGUUCUCCUCGAAGCCCUUAUUUAUAAAAUCUUGACUGAACUCUUAGCUUGGUUUUGAAAACCAUAUCGGCAGAGUGAAUGAGCAGACAUAAAUACAGUGUACAUACAGUGCCCCUUAUAUUUAAUUAUAAAGUUGAAAUGAGUCUACCUCAUUUAUGUUAAAUGAGAUUGUGCAUUAUGUUCUUUUGUAAUAAAUCAUUUUUUAAAAUAA